AUUUGUUCAAUGUGAUAUAGGAUUAAUUUCUUACUUCUGAUUGUCAAGUUAACGCCAUCUUUUUUUGUAUAAAUCAUCCGACCAAUGUGUUAAAAAAUUUUCUGUCAAGGUCAAUAAUAUAUUUCGCGAACAACGAUUGGCCGAUAAUUGGACGGUACGCGCUCGAUGCAAAACCCGAGGCACUAUGCAAUAUCAACUGGCAGGCGUCUGCUCUGCGCAGUGCGCUUGAGAAUCGGCUUUGGUUCUGCAACCGAAGAACGUUGCGUUCAUCGUGCUGCAAUUCACUUCUCGCGUAAUAAAAAACAUGAAACGAAUGUUUCGGCGCUGUUUAAGCCGGUUCAGAUUCAGGCCAAUAUCGAUGACGAGGAUGUGGGAUCCGAGCUGGUUGGCAAGCUUGAAAAGUCUGAGCUGUUAAAGAUUUUAAACAAAUUCGCACAACGUCGUGAAAUCAAAGCCCUGUGUAGUGAAAAUGGGUUGGAUUCCUACCUACAGCAACAGGCGUUUGGCUCAUUUCGUCGUUUCUGCAUUGAGGCUGAAAAUCUGCCAGCUGAUCUGCAUAUUAUUUUCAGCGACAUAAUGCAUGGUGCCGGCCACAUAGACGACAUCUUCCCCUACUUCUUGCGUCAUGCCAAGACUGUUUUUCCUCAUCUAGACUGUAUGGACGAUUUGAAAAAGAUAUCAGACUUGCGUCAGCCGGCCAAUUGGUAUAGCAAUGCCCGUGCCAUUACACGUAAGAUCGUAUUCCAUGCUGGACCCACAAACUCAGGCAAGACAUAUCAUGCAAUGGAGAGAUAUUUGGGUGCCAAGACGGGUGUCUAUUGUGGACCACUAAAGCUGCUCGCCACGGAGGUAUAUAACAAGGCCAAUGAGCGUGGCACACCUUGUGAUCUUGUUACUGGUGAAGAACGUAAAUUUGGCAUCAGCGAGAACUCACCAGCAAACCAUGUGGCAUGCACCGUUGAAAUGACCUCUGUGAAUACACCUUAUGAGGUGGCGGUUAUCGAUGAAAUACAACAGAUACGUGACCCACAGCGUGGCUGGGCUUGGACACGGGCAUUUCUAGGACUGAUUGCUGAUGAGGUACACGUCUGUGGUGAGGCGGGCGCUCUGGAGUUGCUAGAAAAAAUUUGCGAAACUACAGGUGAAACGGUCGAAGUGCGUCGCUAUGAUCGCCUCACGGAGCUAACUGUAGAAAGUUCAGCGCUAGGUUCUCUGGACAAUGUUAUGCCUGGAGAUUGUAUUGUUUGCUUUAGUAAACAUGAUAUCUAUACGGUUUCGAGAGAAAUUGAAGCGCGAGGCAAAGAAGUCGCUGUUAUCUAUGGUGGACUGCCACCGGGCACGAAACUAGCUCAGGCUGCUAAGUUUAAUGAUCCAGAGAAUAGUUGUAAAGUAAUGGUGGCCACUGAUGCUAUUGGCAUGGGCUUAAAUCUGAGCAUUCGUCGCAUUAUAUUCUACUCGUUGGUCAAACCCACGAUGAAUGAGCGUGGCGAACGCGAAAUCGACACAAUUUCUGUGUCUUCAGCUCUCCAAAUAGCCGGGCGUGCUGGUCGCUAUCGUACUCAAUGGGAGCACGGCUAUGUAACAGCCUUUAAGGCCGAAGAUCUACAAACCCUUCAACGUAUACUUAAUCAAACGCCGGAGCCUUUGAAGCAGGCAGGCCUUCAUCCCACUGCUGAUCAGAUAGAGCUUUACGCUUACCACCUGCCAAACUCAACGCUAAGCAAUCUAAUGGAUAUUUUUGUGAAUCUCUGCACUGUAGAUGAUUCCUUAUAUUUUAUGUGCAAUAUCGAGGAUUUUAAAUUUCUUGCCGAGAUGAUACAGCAUGUUCCUCUGCCUCUGCGUGCACGCUAUGUAUUCUGUUGUGCCCCCAUCAACCGUAAGAUGCCUUUUGUGUGUUCAAUGUUUCUGAAGAUAGCUCGGCAAUAUAGCCGCAACGAACCAAUUACAUUUGAUUUUAUCAAAAAAAACUGUGGCUGGCCCUUUAAGCUGCCCAAGACCAUACUGGAUCUGGUCCAUCUGGAAUCCGUCUUCGAUGUUAUGGACUUAUAUCUAUGGUUAAGCUAUCGAUUUAUGGAUCUAUUUCCCGAGGCCGCAAACGUGCGCGAAGCUCAAAAAGAACUGGAUGAGAUCAUACAACAGGGGGUCUUUCAAAUAACUCGGCUGUUGAAAAACACAGAGGCAGGACAGGAUGGCGAAAUACCAAACUACACAAUGCGGCGUGUUACACAAAUCAAGGAACCGCGCUUGCCGAGCUCAUCCCGUGGGCGCCUAACGGAAAGACUGUUAGCUCAGGGACUACUAACACCUGGCAUGCUGAGCGAACUGCGUAAGGAGUGGGAUGCACAGCACCAUUCACAGCCACAAGCAGCGUCAAGCCUUAAAGACACUCAGGAGUGUUACACAGACAGCGACGAUGAUGAUAAUUAUACAGCAAACUCAAAAAAGACGCGGCGAAAACGCAGAAAGUAGUAGAUGGAUAUUGUUAAAGUAAUAUGGAGCCAUAAGCCCCAAGUAGCUGUUGUUAUGUUAUCACUUUAUUUUAAGUCACAAUUAUGUAAUAUUAAAAUUAAUUGUUUUAAUAAUCAACAAUGACAAUUUAAUUGCUUUAAAUUGAAAAAUAGAAAUUUGUAAUCUAUUCCAGGAAAA